UACCUGCAGUCUUCGAAAUUAUCAAUAUAACUGAUUAAAUAAUAGCUGACAUAAUGAUUAACCCGGUAAUAACUCGACAAAUGGUGCACAUACUGCCAAGUGUGACAGUCGAUAGGAUAACACUGCCCGAUAUUAUUGACGAUGCAAUCAAAGCACCAUCGGAAGGCAUUAAUUCCGAUGCAAAAUCGUCUGAGACUGAGGUGGAAGAUAAUGCCGAGAAAUCGGACACUGAAUCGGAAUCCAAACUCGAAAAGGAGGAGGAACCUGAGGAGCCCAAAGAAGAAGACGUAAAGUACGCGUGGAACGCACCCUGCAUGAUGGUUAUUUUCGAGGAUGGCGAUCUCGAUUGUGCCCUGUAUCAUCUGGUCGAAUCCCUACAGGAUCCCUUCGCCUUGGAUGCGGUGGGCGUGAUUUUGGUGCAAGAAGCCCUAGUCGAAGAAAUCGAAAAGCGAGUGCAAAUCCUGAUGAAACCCUUGGAUGCCAGGGUGGCCAAUCAUCCGUGCUACAAACGCACUCUGUUGAGGAUUGGCGAACUUAAGCCGAAAACUGUAAUCGGUCCUCCAGAUCGUGUGCUACCCGAUGCCACGCCCAUGCUGGUGCGGGACAUACCCCACAAAUAUAUUGGCGAUGGACCCACGGGCAUUAUAACCAUGCACAUUUUUCGCACUCCCUUUGAAGCCACUCAGAUAUAUAGAAAAGAAUACCCCCUGCCAAUCGCAUCGGUUAGUAUAUGGAAUGAGCGGGUUUCUAGUGUCUACGAUGUGAUUGCCAAUAUGAAUUCACUCGAUACCUUUAAGGUCAACUGUUUUACGGUCGAUAUGGAGCCCAUUAAACGGGCAUUCGAGCAGAGGAAAUAUAGUGCUUGUAUGCAUCGGGGCUAUCACUAUGAAACGCUGCCAAUAAAUGGCGAGAGAAAGAUAAUCAUAUACCCAGUUGGUACUAUAUUUGGUAAUUGAAGUGAAGGCCAGACAAAUAAAAUAAUAUACAUA